AAUGUUUGGAUUUUUUGAGAUAUUAGCCUUUUGUCUUUCAAUCAAAACAUAUUUUGAUCUUUCAAUUUCAGUUCUCUCCGGCUCGUCUCUGAGCUCCGGCGACGGCACCAUACUCCAUCAAUUUGCAUAUAAAUUUCAAUUUUCUCGGCGAAGAAAAAAAUCUGAAGAAUGUCAAUGACAACAGGAGGCGGAGGAACAUUAUCAGAAUUAUACCAAACCUCGAAGAAGACACUACUGAUCGCUAGAGACGGAAUCGAGAGACUAGAGCGUCUAGAAAACUCAACAUCAAGCGGCGGAUUAGACUCACCGGAAUUAUCUUUUACGGUGAAAAAAGAUAUAAAUCAGAUCCAAUCUCUUUGCGCUGAAAUGUAUCGUCUCUGGCAUUCUAUUUCCUCUAAACCUCAACGUGAUCUCUGGAAAAGGAAGGUUGAGCAAGUAGCGGAAGAGGCGGAGUCGUUGAAACAAAGUUUGGAUAGAUAUUCUAUGAGGAAUCAACGGCGGUUGAAGGAAGUUCAAGAGCGAGCUGAAUUGCUUCAUAGAGCUAAUGGUGAAUCGUCUCAUGUUUUGAGAAUAUUUGAUGAGGAAGAACAAGCAAGGCAGUCAGUUCGUAGUUCUAAAAGGAUGUUGGAAGAUUCUUUAUCGACAGGAUCAGCCAUUCUGGCUAAAUAUUCUGAACAACGGGAGCGCUUGAAGAACGCGCAACGUAAGGCUCUGGAUGUUCUCAACACAGUGGGGCUCUCCAACUCUGUAUUGAGGCUUAUUGAGAGGCGGAACCGUGUUGACAAAUGGAUCAAAUAUAUGGGAAUGCUCAUUACACUCGCGGUCAUGUAUUUUCUUGUGAGUCGUUGAAGUGCUAUACAUGUUUUCAGUUGAAUGCACGAGCAAGUUGCACAAGAUGUUCCUGAGAAUAUGAGAUAUGAAUAUACUACACACUUUGGUGUUGUGUUGUUUAUAGGUUAGGUUAUAUCAUGACUUGAAAUUCAAGUAUAUUCAGUGGAGGAAGUGUAUAUAUACAUAGAGAAUCUCCGAGUUUAGGUCUGAAUUAUUGUUUUUCCCCUCAAUUUUAGAAAAUCACUAUUUCCCUUUGAUUUUUAUAUUUUAUAUAACUGAAACCUCUUUAUCAAAGGGGUUCUAGUUAAUGGAAACUAAAUUGUUAGGGGGAAAUAGUUACAUUGAUCUGAAAUGAGAAAAACAAUAAUUCAUAUCUAAAUUCAUGGGUCAAGAGUGAUUAACCCAUUCUUUUGUUGCUGUUGCUGCAAAGGGCAUGGAAAUGAGGUAUAAUAGGUGGCAACUGAUGGAGGAUGCUCCAUUAUACUGAUGUUUUGGCAGAUAAUUAGCUUUCAAAAACCUAGUCUUAAUUGCAAAAAUUGAAAGAUUCGUAUAUUUUAUUGUUAAAAUUAAAAAUUUACGUUAAAUAUAUAAAACACACACAAAAUAGUGAUUUUUGAUGCA